UCACUUUUUAUAGAUAUGCUUGUUGUAUAUUGUCACUGAACUUGUUUUAAUAAGUAUAUAACGUUUGACGGAUUGUAUUGUCGAUAAAAUAAUGCAUUCAUUGCUAACUGUUGUAACGAUUGAUUAAUUCCUUCUCAAGCAAGUUUCCUAGACCAUGGUCGAAGAACGACUGACGAAGGUUGCAGUAAACAGAUCCUUCUGCGCAUGUCUACGAAAAUUAAAAGUAGGAAGAAGAUCUCCCCUUAUUUAAUUGUUGGGAACAAUCACCUGUUUCUUUACAUACAGCGUUGAUAAUAGAUGGCAAUUUGAAUUAAUAAUGAAGUGAUAGUGGGACGGACGUAGGUAUAUUAAUCACUUCCCUACGGAAAAUAUGAGACAUUUUAAGAUGACUCGGAAAGGUAUGAACUUCUUCGAACAACAUUUCCUCUUUUCGAAUCGAUUGGUUCAACUAAUUUUGGGUGUACGUCCUAAUCAAAAUUUUAAGAAACAGUUGCUUGUACUUUGUGCAGUGAUUAUUCAGGUAUUCCCUAUAGUUGGAUAUCAGGUAAGCGUAUCUUUAUUUUAUAUGUAUAGACGAUUGAUGAUAUAAUUGUUAUUGUAAUUGUUAUUAUAAUUGUUAUUAUAUUUAGAUUGAUUAUAUUUUGUUCGAAUAUGUUCAUCUGUGAAUGAAAAUCUUUCGUUGAAAUACAAUGCGAUAAGAUAUUUAUAAUUUAUGUCUGUAAAUCAUUAACGUUAUGUUAUAUUACAUGGGAUUAGUGAAAAUGUCCUUUGACUUUAGUUUUAUCAGAUUUUUACAUCACACUGUCUACUGCAAUCGACUGUCAGAAUGCUGCAAAAAGUAAUGGCAUCUCUGUGUCUUCUCUGUGCUUAUAGCACAACUUACUUUAGUUUUGUAACACUGAAAUUAAUUUACGCACGUAUUAAACUCGAUUACAAGAAAUUUACUGAUGACGAUGAGGUCAACAUUAUAAAGAAAUAUACAAAACAGAGUAAAUUUUAUGCUUAUGUUAUACUGAUUUUGUUCAACGUUUAUAUUACCUCAGUAAUAUCUCCAUGCAUUGUACAAGUUUUUCUAAAUCUCUGUGGUAUGUUGGACGAUGAACAAUUAACCUUACCCCUUCCCGUUAAUAAUAUUACAAACGCAAGCGUGCUAUACUUUUGUUUGCUUAUUUAUGAAAUAUUAACGAUAGUUCUUAUAUCAAUAGUAGGGGGUAUAAGUUUCUCAGCGUACUUGGUAAUGGUACAACAUGCGUGUUGUCAACUUAAUAUUAUAGUACUGAAAGUUCAACAACCAUUUAAAAAACAUUCGAAGUAUGUACAGAGGACUUGUUAUUUUAAAACACCUCGCAUGGAAUGGAAUUGGAUAGUGGAUAUUAUAAGACGUUAUAAAAAUGUCACCGAGUAUGUCGAUUUGAUAAACGAUUUUUCCAAGAUUACUUACCUGAUUACAGUUUUUAUAGCGAUGAUACUCGUUGUCACUGAUUUCGUCUACAUGUUUCAAUUAUUUAAAAAAUCGGAAAAUACGAUCGCAAUAAUCGAGUGCAUUUUUUACAUUGUUGGAUCUACAAUUACAAUAUAUAUUAAUUUUUACUUUGGGCAAAAGCUGUUGAAUUACAGCAACGCAGUUUUCGAAGAAUUGAGUAAAAUUCCGUUCUACGAUCUUUCGAACAAAUAUCAAAAGUUACUGUUAUUUGUACUAAUGAGAUGCAGAAGGCCAUGCGUUAUUUCGAUCGGUGAUAUGUUCGUGUCAUCGCACGAAUCUUUUGCUGCGUUAAUUCGAAGAGCAUUCUCCUUUGCUACGGUAUGUUAUAAUGUAUAAUAAUUUUAUAUCAUUUUCGAACGAUAAAAAGACUAUAACUAUUAAUAUAUUUGUAUGUUGAAGACUUAAUUUGUUUUACACAAAUUCAAUUUUACUCACUUAGAUAUAAUAAUAAGAUUGUAACGAUGAAAAUGUAUAUAUGGCAUUAAUUAUUUGUUCCGUGUAAGAUUUUAUAAUUAUAAUAUUCGCCUUAAUUUUUUUUUUUAAAUAAUCUUUUGUAACAUGUAUGUGCAAUGUAUAUUGUUAGAGAACUACUACGUUAGCAUAGAACAUUCGACACAUUGUAGUAACGAUAAAGUCAAUUACUCUUUAGUAAUAAUUUAACAAUCUAUCUUUUCAUCAUUGAGCUGAUUUUCUAGACUGUAAUACGGGAACACCCUUGACAACAAUUGCAAUGCAAAAUGGAAUUUACUUACUUGUAGUAAAAAAUAGGAUGACAACAAUGAUUGAAACAAGCUGUUUUUUUGAAUCAGAUUGUUUUUUCCCUUACUUCUCAAUAUAGUAUCAUAUAGCAUCGUUCACUUCAAUAUAAUAUUAUAUAUUUCUCGAUAAUAAACUUUUUCGAAUACAUUAAUUUGGCAUCACCACGUUUUACUUGACAUAUAAAGAACAGUGAUAUCGAUUAAGUCAAUUACACUCGCUAGUCGCUGUAACGAUGUCUUAGCCCCUUCUUAAGCAAGUGUUCACGACCGUGGUCGGAGUACGAAUGAAAAGGGGUGGAGUCAAUGGAGCCUAGUGCGCAUGUCGCAAAAUAAAAACUGAGAGAUACAUCUUCCCUCGUUCUAUUGAUUGUAACAAUCAUUUGUUUCUACACAUAUAUUACCACCUAUGUUAAUCGCAUUGUAAUGUGUUGGGUCAUUACGAAUGUAUAAAGACGUGAAACAUUUUUACAUUACGUUCUAUGGAUUAAAUUAUUGCAGUUCUAUUAUCAUACCGACAUUUAACGUAACGUGCUACCGUUCGUAAUAGAUGUCAAAUAGAAUUUAUAAUAAAGCGA